CAUCAGCAGCUGCAUCCAUGAUUUUCCAUCAUGAAUGCAGGUUCAAACUGAUCAUGGCUAAAGCUAAAAUGCCAGGCAUGGAUGCCCUUUCUUUUCUUGAUAUAGUGCUUGAAAAAGACAUUCCUGUUAUCUUUAUUUACUCCGGAGGAUUUGAUGAUGUAACUCAGAAAGCUUUAGCUACAGGACUAUGUUAUUUCCUUAAGGAACCAAUCUGUGCAAAUGAUCUCAAAUAUUUAUGGCAACAUGUGUAUCACUCAAGAGCCCAUUCAGCCAAAAAAAUCCAAAAUGCGUACUUUCAGAACACGAAGUACCAUGCAAAGGGAUUAGAGAAUAUGAAGAUGAAACAGGUUCUUAGAGGAAAUGGAGAAAGAAACAAAGAUGGUAAUGAGGACAUGGCCAAAAAGAAGAAAAUAGUUGAUGAAAACACAGAGCAUGGUUCAUUGAGAUCAACCCAGAUGGAGUUCAACAACAGUUAUUAUAGCAGUGAGGAAAAGCGUGCAAUUGUUUGGACUCCUGAGCUGCAUCUAAAGUUUACAGAAGCCAUACAUAUGUUAGGAGGAGAGAACAGGGCUCGUCCAAAACAGAUAUUGAGUCACAUGAAUGAGCCUCUCCUGACAGUUCGCCAGGUUGCAAGUCACCUGCAGAAACACCAGUUGCGGUUAAAGCGUAAAGAGAAUGCCCGCAAUUCUGAUUUGCCUCUGGUAAGCACGUCAUCAUCCUUAAGCCGCAAAGCCAAGUUUUUCUCACCAUCUCAAGUGACCAACUUCGGAACAAAAGGUCUCCCACCACCAAAGGUAUCCUUGAAUGAGAGCCACAGUCAAAACCAAAAGUUUCUAGUGAACAACGCUGCAACUGAAAACAACGUUUGUCUAAGCCAACGUCUAGAUUCUACGGUAGCACACCCUGUGCUAGCUGCUUCAGUGGAUCAAAACCACCCUGAAACUGAGUACCACGAUUUCAUUAAAAAGUUUGUGGAAAACUGUGACAAUUUUGAUUUGUCUAAAAAUGAAAUUAAUCCUGGUGAUGUUGAUCGAUACUGUGAGAUGCUAAGAGCAAUUCUAGAUGGCAACAACUCCACUCCUUGGGAAUUUGAUAUGGACAACACCAACAUAAGGAUUGACUGAACCUUCAAAUGGAAGCGUAUUCGGAGCAAAUGAAAACCUUUCUCUUAUGUAGCAAUUCGCUUCCAGGAAAAGACAUUAUAAUUCCUAUAUGAUAUGUAGAGAGGUUUCUUUCAAGAUAUUGGAAGAUGAUAGAUACAGUGUCUAUCGUUUUCUUUCAUGUGAGAAAGCAUUAAGACAUAUAUAAUCUUAUGUAAAUACACUAUACUGCGUAAAUAUAUACUUAGA